AUGGAGUCCUCAUCACCACUCAUCUCAAUUCAUCAAAACCCACAUCCAGAAUCACCCCCAAACCCACCUCCCUCCAAGAAAAGCUUCGUCACAUCUCUAAUGGAAACCACUUUUCUUCGCACUCCAUCUUUCAAAGAAGACACUUACUUUGUCUCUCACCUCAAAUCCUCUGAAAGAAAAUCACUCCAAGAACUCAAAGACAAACUCUUGGCUUCUCAAUCUCUCGAUUCCAUGUGGGGCAUUCCUCUCCUUGCUGAUGACAAAGCCGAUGUGAUCCUCCUCAAAUUCCUCCGAGCCAGAGACUUCAAAGUCGAGGACUCACUCCACAUGCUUCUCAGUUGUCUCUCAUGGAGGAGAGACUUUGGAGCAGAGACCAUUCUUGAUGAGGAAUUGGGCUUUGAAGAGCUUGAAGGAACUGUGGCUUACAUGUAUGGAUGUGACAGAGAGGGACACCCAGUUUGUUACAAUGAUUAUGGAGUGUUCAGAGACAAAGACAUGUUUGAGAAGGUGUUUGGGGAUGAUGAGAAGCUUCAGAAGUUCCUUAGGUGGAGAGUUCAAGUGCUUGAGAGAGGGAUUAAGCUCCUUGAUUUCAAGCCUGGUGGGGUUAAUUCAAUCAUUCAGGUCACUGAUCUCAAAGAUAUGCCAAAGAGAGAGCUUAGAGCUGCCUCUAAUCACAUCCUUUCUCUCUUCCAAGAUAAUUACCCUGAAAUGGUUGCCAGAAAGAUAUUUAUCAAUGUGCCAUGGUACUUUAGUAUGUUAUAUUCAAUGUUCAGUCCAUUUCUGACUCAAAGAACUAAGAGCAAGUUUGUGAUCUCUAAGGAAGGGAAUGUUGCAGAGACCCUCUACAAGUUUAUUAGGCCAGAGGACAUUCCAGUUCAAUAUGGAGGCCUGAAUCGACCCAGUGAUCUGCAGAAUGGUCCACCAAAACCAGCAUCUGAGUUCACUGUGAAAGGAGGAGAGAAAGUGAACAUACAGAUUGAGGGCAUUGAGGCUGGUGCAACAAUAACAUGGGACAUUGUGGUGGGAGGAUGGGAUUUGGAGUACAGUGCCGAGUUCGUGCCAAUUGCUGAAGGGAGCUACACCAUUGCUGUUGGGAAGCCAAGGAAGAUUGCUGCCACCGAAGAGGCAAUUCACAACUCAUUCACUGCCAGAGAAGCUGGUAAAAUGGUGCUUAUAGUGGACAAUGCUGCCUCACGGAGAAGGAAAGUUGCUGCCUAUCGGUACGUGGUCCGCAAAUCUACAGCGGUCUAGCUUCAUAAACAACUUGAGAGGUGUUGUGUUUACUAUUUGCUUUGCUUUAAUUAAUUAAUGUUUGUGAACUUUAUAUGUAUCUAUCGAUCUGAUAUAUAGUACAUGUAUAAAUGGUGGUUUAUAUAUUGCUUAAUGCUUAAUAUAGAAGAAAAGCAGUUUAACUUUCCUUAA